AUGAUUCAUGAUCCAGCAUUGUUUCUUCGCACUUCUAUCAACGUAGCUACGAUUACUACCACAAUUGCGGUGAUUGCUGCUGGUAUUGCAGUAGGUGUGGUCUUGGCAAAAAUGGCAGCUCAAACUGGAAUUACCGAUCCCUUCUUUGAAACUACAAUAGUACUUCAAUCAUCAUCAUCACUUGUAUUCAAUCGUAUAAUUCAACCAUAUGAAUACGACGCAUAUUUUAAUACAACACAAACACUUAUAGAUCUUACUGGAGAUUUAAAUGAAUAUUUAUCAGGAAAAUUUCCGACUACUUUCAUUAAAGCUUAUACUUACGGAAUUUCACUGUACCCUCAAAAAACGACUACUCAAAUAAGGAGACGGCGACAGAACUGUAUGUGUACUAUUGAUAGUUCUUCUCGACCUGGUUGUCCUCGAUGUGGUACGACACUCAUCCCUCCGCAUACGAAUCAAGGAACAUAUUCAACAACAUCUAUGACUUCAACGAUGUCAAAUUUUGCCAGCACAGCUUCAACAAUGCGGUAUAGCACUUUUGAUACAAUGAAUCCCAACAGCGGAGAUGUCAGCCAUUGUAAUAUUUCGAUGUAUUCCGACGGCUCUGCUCAACCAGCACUCAUUUAUUUAAAUGGUACACUUUAUUUCAAUAGUACACAACAAAAUAAGCCUGAUCUUACAGUGCUUAAAGAUGCACUACAAUCAUUCGAUCCCGUUAUUAUUUUAAUCGAUAAAUGCCUACAUGCAAGUCCUGCUGAAAGUACCUUUAAUUUCGCAUUGUCUACACUACAGCCACUAUCUGUUGUAGAUGGUAAUGCAACAAUCUUGUAUAGUAAUGAUACGUAUUCUUUACCAUUAAUAACUCUAACCAAUUCAGUUACUCCACCAAGCGUAACACCACAACUACCAACAACAACAAUUAUAACAAGUACAAUCGUUACCAUCACAACUACUGUCUCUGGUUGA